CCCACUACCACCACCCCCUGGCCCACUACAACCACCACCACCUGGCCCACUACCACCACAGGAAGCCUGCAUCCCUCCACUGCUCCCCUCAGCAAACUCCCUCUGCAUUUCUCUCUUCUGGUGGACUCUGUUGUUCCGUCCUGUGAUGAGGGUAUGUACCUGCCCAGGUUCGUGCAGCCGACACCACACAAUGGAGAACAUCUCCACGCCGAGGUCAACAAAGAGCUGGAGUUCAGGGUCAAGGCCGAGGCUACACACUCAACGGUUAAUGAUGUCAUCGUCAGUGGACCGCUGAACAUCACCAAUCACAUGACCACCCAGGGAGAGUUUGUCAUCCGGUGGACACCCAUCCGGGACAAUCUGGGGGAGUAUUUCCCCAUUUGCUUCAUCACUGAGGGGCUUUCUGGAUCUAGUGUGUAUCAGUCUGAGAUGAGAUGUGUUGUGGUGGAGGUCGGACGCAGAAAGGUCAAAGCCAAGGUGGUGUGUAACGAGACCAAGAUGACUGUAGAAGUGGAGAAGUCCUCUGUUACUGAAAUUCACGAGGACCACCUCCGCCUCAACGAUCCCAGUAACUCUGCCUGCGACCUGCAACGCCUCUCUAACAGCACCCACAUCAUUGGAGUCAUCCCCCUCAAUGCCUGUGGCACUCAGAUAGAGGAGGACGACGACAACCUCAUCUUCAAGAACCAAAUCAGCACCUUCGACAACCCCAACGACAUCAUCACCAGGCAGCACCAGGUGGAGAUCCAGUUCUACUGCCAGUACGCCAAACGUGGCAACGUGUCCCUGGGCUUCAGUGCACACAGGGACAACAUCACGGUGGUGGAGAAAGGCUUCGGCACGUUCACCUACCAGUUUGAGUUCUACCAGACCAGCCAGUUCACCGACAUGGUGGAUCCCCGUGACUACCCGUUAGACGUGGUGGUGAAGCAGAUGAUCUACAUGGACAUAGAGGCCGUGUCCACUGUGAACAACACGGAGCUCUUUGUGGAGUCCUGCAGAGCGGCGCCGUACGACAACCCCAACUACCACCCCACCUACCCCAUCAUAGAAAACGGGUGCAUUGUGGACGAGACGGUUCAAAUCUUCUCCCCCCGUCACCAGAGGCAUUUCCAGUUCGGAAUGGAAGCUUUCAAAUUCAUCGGAAUGCAUGACCAGGUGUACAUCAGCUGUUCAGUGAUCCUGUGUGAGGCUGGGAACCCCAACACCCGGUGUGCCCAGGGCUGCGUCAACUCCACCUCCCCCCAGCCUGCUGGUCACCACCACCGCAAGAGAGAGGCCGCCAUGCAAACGGCCAAACACCACAUUUCCCAGGGUCCUUUGCGCCUGAGAAAGAGUUCAGAGAGCUCAGUGACCAACAUGAACAUGGGGUUGCUGGUUGGGUGUAUCGUAGCAGCCGUCGCCAUGCUGUGUGGAGUGAUGCUCUACAAGGCCAAAACAUCAGGCGUUAAAUACCAGCCCCUGACAACAUUUGAGACUUAGUCCGAUGGCAGCCAUCCUUUCACAUGUAGCCUGCAUUAUAGAAAGAAGGAU